GGUCUGUUAAAUCUGUCAGCAAUUUAUAGGAAUAUAUUUUGUCUAAUUCAUUUAAAUAUUAUUAUUAUUUUUUAAUUCCGGCUCUCCGAACACAAUUCAGACUACUCCUGAGAGGGCUUAUUUUUGUUGUUUGUUGUAGGCCUUCGUCUGAAUUUAUCAAAUGGUGUGUUAAACCUCAGAGAAAGUAGUAGAGUAAUGGAGGAAGGGUUUUUCCUUCUGUUUGAUGGAGGUCAUGCUGAAUUUAAGUACCAACAGGAAGUCCUAAAGGAUGAGAAAUGGAGAAAUGACUAGUAUUUCUUUACUAACCACUCCUCUGCCUGUUAUAAGGCUAUAGAAAAUACAUUGUGAAAGGCAUGCUCACUAUGAGGCAUCACAACAGAAGAGCGUUGUCUGACAAACAAAAUGCCCUGAACAUGUUCAACAGCCAUAUGAAGGCCAAGGUGAAAUCCUGCAAUACAAGUAUUUCUGCUCCUUGCCACAGUUCAGUUUGUAGUAACAGUAAAACAGAGGAGCAUUACAGUGCACCUCAAAAGACAAAACGUCUUAAAACCAUAAAACAAAGAAAUCAGAUUCGAGGGCAGAGCAGCAACAGAUCUAACCAGAGCCAUCAACACUGUGAAAGAGGAAGCAAAGACAAAGGGCUGUGUAGUGAGUGUCAGGAUUGCCAGUGCAGUCGCUCACUGAACUUUUCCAGAAAAGAAAAGCCAGUUGCUAAGCCAUUUCCUUCACAGAAGCCGAGCAUUAUCACUGAAGGCCGUCUUACGUCUAUCAGAGGUCUCUUCAGCCAUGAGGUGAGGUCUGUAGACAUCGAAAGACUGGUAAAGAAAAAGAAACAUCAAAAGCACAUAGAAACUCAGGAAAGACAGGCAACUGCAAGUAAUUCCCCUUCCCCUUCCUGUUUAAUUCCCCAUUCAACACCACUUGCUGUGAUUUCCGAAACAAGUGAGGAAGGCACUUCUGCAUGUGCAAAUAAAGACCAGAAGUCAAAGCCAUUAGAGAAAACAGAUCUUUUACAGGCUAAUUUAGAAGGCACAGUCCCUGUGACUGUGGGCAGUGGAGAUGGGAAGCACAGUUCUGCACAGACUCAUAAAGCUACAGAUAAUAGUGCCGGAUCUGGAAGCCCAUCACAUCAGAAAGGGAUACAAGAAGCUGUGAUUUUGUCCUCGUCAGAAAGUGAACCUGUUCAUAAAUCCUUUCCAACAUGUGUCAGAGUCAGCCCGAGUGACCAUAAUGUCAUUCCAGAAAAAGACAACGCACACGACCAAAAGCAAACAAAUAAGGCAACUGCUGCCAUGGAUGUGCAACAUGACUUCGUAAAUACUGAAAGACACGACACCCCUGUGGAGUCAGAAGUCUUAAAUUUGGAUGUGCCACAAUUUAAUCCUAGUCCUGCAAUCUUCAUGUUUUCUUCACCCACACUGGACAGCGACAGAAGUGCAUUGGGAGAUGAAAGUCAGCACAAGAAACCUGGUUUUUCAUCCAAAGAGGAAGCAGUGAGGAGGCUGGCAGCUCGGCUAUCUCACAAUCUAGGUUCAUUUCCACUACAGCGCUGCUGCCCUCUGCUGACAGAGUGCAGGAAAGUGCUCCUGCACCACCUGCAGGAAAGGCAUGGCUCUCAGCUCCAGCACAGCCUGCGCAGGCUACACUCACACCUCGGUGCAGACGGGUCACAUUCCCCACACACUGCAGAGCAAGGCUGGCCCAGCUCAGUACAAAAAUAUUUAGACAACACACAAAUGUAUUUCAGCUACACAAGGAAGCAUGAAGACGAUCAACAGAGUGAGACAAUGGAAUUUCAUGCAGAUAAUAGCUCACAAAAACAUUGUCUACGAGAGGGUAUUUGUGAGAAUGUGGAAAGAGGAGCAGCCUCUAAGAGGCAGAGGAAGCAAACUUGGGGGAUAUACUCACCUCAGGAUUUCGUCUCAAAACUCCAACGACCAUGCCAAGAUACGUUAAGCCAAUGGGGUAUAACAACAGCACAGUCUCAAGAGUCUUUUAGAGCAAAGCAACACUCCAACUCCCAGACGUUCUCCCUGCACCAAACCUUUACUGGGGCCCAAACUCCAACACCAUGGUCUUAUAACUGCUCAGAUCGGACUUUGGACCCCUUUUUCCUGGAGCCACAGAAGCAAGUAAAAUUAGGUAGUGGUGAAAACAGAAGGAGACACAGCACUGCACUGUCACUGCUAGAACAGUAUAGAAAUGACCCUGAUUUAAAUUUUCUGUUCCAAGAUGAGAAUUCAAAGAGAACCCAUACAUCAUUAGGUCCUCUGACAGAGCUGAAGACUUGUUCUCCUCACCAUGACAUUGAGAGUGUCAGUGAGAGACAGAUCUUUGGUGCUUCUUCUACUGUUUCAGCAUUUUUUCCUCCAGAAGGGUUUUGUUAUGAGCCUUACUAUCGGUUUCCACAUCCAUCCAACUCCUUUAACAGGUCAGAAAAAUCUGGUAUGACUCUUUACACUCAGCCAGAUGUUGAAAAGAGGGGUUUUGGUCCAUCCUUGCACUUUACCACUCCUUAUUUCUAGUAUUGGCCAUAAGCUGCCUGCUACAUAUAGCUCUUAUUGUGAUGCAAUGACUUUAAGUGUCAUCACUAGAUGUUUAAAAAAAAGUUAAAUAGAUGGAAAGAAAUGUGUAAUAGUGAAAAUAAUACCUUUUCUUUUCAAAUGUGUACUUCAACUCUGUAAAUUCAGCUUUGGGCCAGACCAGAAUUCUCCACUAUAAAAUUUCUUAACUGUUACUAAUUACCAGACUGUGUAAUUUUCACUUACAGAAGUGUAUUGCAAAUUUAAUUUGCUCAGAUGCAUAUCUAUAAACCUGACAGAUGAUUCUUAGUUAGAAAAAAAAAGUCAUUUCAGUUUGACU